AGUGUGUGAGAGAGACAGAGAAACGACAGGGAAUAGAGAUAGGGACAGAGAGAGAGAAGAGUUGUCAUUUAAUUGUUUUAUACGAUUCAUUUCUCAUCCUAUUUAUGUAACUACAAUCCAAUUGAAUGGGAGGAUGUAAACAAUAAACAAAUAAAUAUGGCAAUGACGAACACUAAAAGGAGGAGGAGGGAGUAAGCAAACAAAGGACAGGAAGAGAGGGAGAGAGCGGGAAAGAGUGAUAGGGAGGGAGAGGGAGUAGACACCAGAUGGAAACUGAAAUUACAUUUAUAACCUGAGCAGAAGGUUAGGUUUGGCGAGAACCACUGUCGUCAUUCUGACUCCCAUCAGCCAGUGUGAGAACAAACAGCACCACACUGCAUCAGAGGCAAGUGCAUUCAUUAACAUUUCUCCUUCACAUGAUGUGCAAUUGAAUUACCAUCAUGAAAGAAAACAAUUAUUCAAUGAAGUGAAGGACGACCUUUGAUAUUUCAACCAUGUACUGUAUAUUAGACACCAAAGGGCCAUUGUUUCAGUUCUGUAGUCUAAGAGACGUGAAUUUUCAUACAUAAAAAGUAUAUAUAUUAUAUAUUUGCGUAAUGACAAUUUUCUCAUGGGUCAAUGUUUUUUUUACCUUUACCUAAAGGCUGUCAUGUUAUCCAACACAGCCUUAACCUCGUACCACUUAACAUCAGUCUACUAAUGCACUAUCAUGUUGAAAUCAACACAGCCUUAACCUCGUACCACUUAACAUCAGUCUAACUAAUGCACUAUCAUGUUGAAAUCAACACAGCCUUAACCUCGUACCACUUAACAUCAGUCUACUAAUGCACUAUCAUGUUGAAAUCAACACAGCCUUAACCUCGUACCACUUAACAUCAGUCUACUAAUGCACUAUCAUGUUGAAAUCAACACAGCCUUAACCUCGUACCACUUAACAUCAGUCUACUAAUGCACUAUCAUGUUGAAAUCAACACAGCCUUAACCUCGUACCACUUAACAUCAGUCUACUAAUGCACUAUCAUGUUGAAAUCAACACAGCCUUAACCUCGUACCACUUAACAUCAGUCUACUAAUGCACUAUCAUGUUGAAAUCGACAUAGCCCAAUGGCCAUUGUUUUGUUUUUUUGUACACCAGGGCAGCUUGAAAGAGGACAUCUUCUGUGAAAUUAUUAAACAAGAGAUGGCUGCAAUACAGCAUCCCCCGACAGUGUGAAGCCCUCAUUAAUCUGAUGGAUACUGACAGCUGAAUUGACAGGACCCUGUCAUUAUACCAAGUCCUCAACAAGCUUGUUAAGCAGAGGGCUGGAUUCUAUGCAGUAGUCCUGUCUGUAGUCCUGCCUGCAGGAGAAGAUAAGCUGACAGAAGCAGUAGGUCUGAUGUGGAGGCAGGGCCGGACCUUGUGACCUAGUGCAGGGGGAGGCACACCAUGAUCUCCACGGCACUCCGUUGGCUGUUUCUGGUGUCCUUCAUCGUGUUGACCAUCGGCGGGAACGUGCUGGUGUGUUUGGCCGUGGGGCUCAGCCGCCGCCUGCGCCGCAUUGCUAACUGCUUUGUUGUGUCACUAGCUGUGACGGAUCUGUUGCUGGGCCUGCUGGUGCUUCCCUUCUCUGCCACCCUGGAGCUGCGGAGUGGACACUGGCCCCUGGGGGGCACCCUAUGUAACAUCUAUGUGUCUCUGGAUGUGAUGUUUUGUACGGCCUCCAUUCUGACUCUGCUGGCCAUCAGUGUGGACCGUUACCUGGCCAUCUCAGCCCCACUCUGCUACCCCCGCAGGGUCACCCCUCCCCGAGUAGCCCUGGCCAUCACCACCAUCUGGGUCACUUCCCUGGCCAUGUCCUUCCUCCCCAUCCACCUGGGCUGGAACACGGCUGACUUCAGGGUGCAGAACCUGGACUGGGGCAUUUGGGACGAGGUGGAGGAGGGACGCACCUGCCGCUUUGAGUGGCAUAACAACUACGUGCUCCUAGAUGCCUUUGGCACCUUCUACCUCCCACUACUGGUCAUGUGCGGGAUGUACCACUGCAUCUUUCAGAUAGCACGCAAACAGGUACGGCGUAUCCGAGCUGCCACACCCUCAUUCGCCCCCACAGCAUCAGCGGCGGCCACAGCGCGGGAGCACAAGGCCACAGUGACUCUAGCAGCAGUCCUGGGGGCCUUCAUUAUCUGCUGGUUCCCCUAUUACACCUUCUUUACCUGCAUGGGCAUCGGGGCAGAGACUAACCCCCCUACUACUGCCCACUCUGUGGUGCUGUGGCUGGGCUACUUUAACUCCGUUGUCAAUCCCAUCCUGUACCCAGCCUUGAAUAGGGACUUCCGCAGAGCCUAUGGGGAGCUGCUGUGCUGCAGGGGGCCGCGGUGGAGACACAUAUCCACAACUAUCUGCGUGUCCUUGCAGAAACAAGUGCCCCUCUCUAGCGAACACAGAGACACUGAUCUGACCAAUGGCCACACAGACACCCUCCCUAAAGACAAUUAGCCAGAGGGAAAGAGCCUCACCUCUCAGAAGAGCAAUGGCAGCAACAUUGCUGACCAGACCUGGUAAAAUACAAUACACACUGGAUAGGGACUAGGUAACACAUGCAGGACACUUUAUAAAGGUGAAUGAGGGACAGUUGUGCAGGAGCUAGUACAGUAUGAUAUAAAAUGACUGAUACGUUAUCUACCACCUGCGUAUAAAACAAAGGAGAACAAACCCAUACCAAGAAGAUAAAGAGAACAGAGAGCCGAGUCAAUAUUAACUGUCUAAAUAGCUGUGUCUGUGCUGAUAAUUUCCCAGCUAACUGAUGGAGACAUAGGCAGUUAAAUGUUUUGGUGAUCCUCUCUGUUGCAGACCCACUUGUGGUGAAUUGGUGACUAACCUGGAUGGAUUUACUUGAAUGUAUAUGUGUGUUCAUCCCUAAAAGGUACAGAAUGUCCAGUCAGAGCUACAGUAUGUUGGAUGGCUUCCAGGAGGUUGGCGGAGGGGAUACAAGGACAUCUGGAUGUGUCAUCCAGGCAUCCCGGCCCCAUAUGGGAUACCUGUCCACCUUUAAAAAAUGUACCCCUGCCUCAACAGCCAGUUGAUGUAGUUCCACUGGGCAUAGGUUCCCUCAACUUCAGUGGUUUCUAAACCUUUUGGUGUUGUGACAUCUUCCUAUGGUCCUCAGAUUAACCUAACUGUUUCCUGCCACAGGCGACAGCCCAAUCUGUGACGCAGUAGAAAUACCUGACCUACUGUUUGACAAUUAUUAUCUCACAUCAACCCAACAACCCCCACAUUCACAUGUGCUGCCAAGAUACACUCACCUGUGCUGCUAUUAUAUGGCAUGUGACAUUCACACCAUGAGACGUUACUGUUGACUGUUUAUCAGAAUGUAGUGUAAUUUGCCCACUGGAUUUGUAGACUUUGUUUCUGUCUGGCCAUGUGACCUCAUAUUGUACAUACAAUAGUUCAUAAUAUAAGUGAAUGACAUUUUUUUUUUUAAGUGCCCGAUACAAUCAAAUACUCUCAUUCACACUCGGACACUUGCAAACGAUGUACUUUGUCUGCAAUGACUUCUAUAAAUGACAUGUCCCUGCCCUCUAGUGACCAAAUGUGUCAUCGCACUCACCCUCACAAGAAGAGGUGACAAAAUCAAUUGUAUCAGUAUCUGUGUGUACAAAUCAUUGUUACAGACAUAUGUUUAUCUAUAAUGUAUUAUACAUGUACAUACGACCAAUUAUAAUGACCUAAUAUGUCCUGGUUAUUGUUGAACUGCAAAGCAAGAAAUAAAAUUCCAAUCUGAAAAUGGAAUUUAAACAUCACCUGACAAUUUAUUUUCACUAAGCACUUUCAGGCAUGAUACAGUACAGUACCUGUACUGUAAUUAAAAUCUGGAGAAACAACAACCAAUUCUCCACUCUCACACUCUGAACCCUCUCCAGCAAUCAAAUCCUUCUUCUGGAAACUCUUGUUGCUCUUGCUCUCAGUGACGAACCACUUCAUAUCUGAAGACAGACAGCAAUCAUAUCCUCAAUAUCAUACACAACCGUUUUUGACAUUAUACCUUUACGUGAGGAUAUUGUUUCUUCUUGUUAUGUGUUUUUUUUUUAUAUAUCUGUAGUAGUAUUGAACUACCAUUGGGAUUACUGAAGGUCAAGACAGCUCGUGACCUCCAGGGAGAAGUUGUCUGAGCUCCAAGGAGACUCCUCAGCUCCACGCUUCUCUCCGGGCCCACUCUCUGAGUUAGGGACAUCCUGACGUCCAUCUGACACAUCUGAGAUUAAACGCACCAGAUAUUCAUAUCCAAGAAUCAGAUUCCUAAUUGUACAUUUCUCUGACAUCAUUUGCAUAUUUCUGCUUCUGACAAAUUUGCGAGGAGAUGUGGCCUGAUAGGCCUGCAUUUUGCAACACUGCUUUAUGAUAUACCAACGGGGAUUAUUAUUAUUAAGUUUAUAAAACAAUACAUAAAAGAUGAGUCUUGGGUCAAGGGAAUGCAUCACAACAAGUCUUACCAGUUGUGUCUUAUAACCACAGAAGCAAGGAAAUAGCAUUGAACAAAUAGCAGAGAGGUGUUACCUGAUAAUUCAUUACCUGUUAGCACCAAGGUGGAAAACGUGAAACAAACCAAACAAAACUAUGUUGGUAAAUCCAUUUAAAUUCUCUUUUUGACAGCACCUCUUUUGAUUUGAACGAAACCUUUCAUUGUAGAAGUGGCCAGAAAGGGACUUUUUGGACCUGAAUGCGUUCAAGAGAUAAAGGUGCUCAAAUUGUAUCUAUUUUGCAUACCCCACCAUACCAUGAGACAUCCAUGUCUUCGUCAGUGGAAAAGAUACAUGGUUUGGAUUGAUAUAAUUUAAAAAACAACCCAUUUUAUAAUUGAGUUUUUUUUAAAUAAUGUACAAUGUCUCUUUUAAAUUUUUAC